CAGAGACUCUUCUGUUUCUUCCUGCUUAGACCUUUUGUAGCUGAAAAAAUGAAUCGAUUCUUCGGCAAAGCAAAGCCCAAGGCUCCACCACCCAGCCUGACAGACUGUAUAGGCACGGUUGAUAGCAGGGCAGAAUCAAUUGACAAGAAGAUUUCAAGACUUGAUUCCGAGCUAGUAAAAUAUAAAGAUCAGAUAAAAAAGAUGAGAGAAGGACCUGCAAAGAAUAUGGUAAAACAGAAAGCCUUGAGAGUGUUAAAGCAGAAAAGAAUGUAUGAACAACAACGGGACAAUCUUUCACAACAGUCUUUUAAUAUGGAACAAGCAAAUUAUACUAUCCAGUCACUGAAAGACACUAAAACAACGGUGGAUGCUAUGAAAUUAGGUGUUAAAGAAAUGAAGAAAGCAUACAAGCAAGUUAAAAUUGACCAAAUAGAGGAUAUACAAGACCAGUUAGAAGAUAUGAUGGAAGAUGCAAAUGAAAUCCAAGAGGCUCUGAGCCGGAGUUAUGGAACUCCAGAGAUUGAUGAAGAUGACUUAGAGGCAGAAUUGGAUGCACUGGGUGAUGAACUAUUAGCUGAUGAAGACAGCUCUUACUUAGAUGAGGCGGCAUCUGCACCGGCAAUUCCUGAAGGUGUUCCCAGUGAUGCAAAAAACAAGGAUGGUGUGCUGGUGGAUGAAUUUGGACUGCCACAGAUUCCAGCUACAUAGAGCUAUGUCUACAACAGUACAUAUGUAUAAUAAACAGAAAUUAGGGAACCUGGGAAAUAUUUUGCCUUUCCAAUUUCACCAUAACAAUUUGCAUAUUCUUGUACCUUUCCCUGAAAAGUUUAGUACACUAAUUUUUUUUCAUUUAGAGGAUACAUUCAUUUAAUAGGAAAUUUCUUGUAUAAGAUUUAAAAAUUCCUUCUGUCUUACAAAAGAAAACUUGUAAAAUAUUGGUGGUUGUAUAGGACUUCUGUUUUCAUUUAUUUAUAUUUCUGAAAUAAGUAAAACCAAUGAUAUGUGACUUCUUUAAAUUCUUUUAAUUUCUUGAUAUCUUGAUUUUUAAAAUGAUAUAUUUACAAGACCUACAUCAUUAUCAAGAUUAUGAAACUAUUUUGCACCAUUCUUAUAAUUCUUAUAGUUCAUAUAUGCAUACUAUUGUGAAAUCAGACAUUAAUUUAAAAUAAGUCUUUAAUUAAGAUAUAGAUUUUGUUGUGUCUUCAUGUCAGUGAAUCAUCACUAUCUUCAGUAUAUAAAUUGGUUCUCUUCUUAUGCUUUUUUAAAAACUUGGAUAAAGUUUUAAUUCCGAAGUUUCUUCAGUAUUACAGUUGAGUUGUAAUCAUUAAUGAAAUUAUAUCCAAACACUUAAAUGUAUUUAUACUCAAUAGAUAUUUUUCAAAAGGAUAUAGUUUAAUAACAUUUUCUUCUAACUAAAGGCCCCACUAAAAACCCAAACUUUGCCAAUGAUAAAGUGUCAUAGACAGUAACAGAUAGUAGAAAAUGCACUGGAUUGGGUGCCAUAAGACUUGGAUUCUAGGCCUGUGUCUACCACCUGACUUGAUGACUUUGAUUAGUUGUUCUUUUCUGAAACAUGUGUCAUAGCUUUCUUGCCUAUCUUGCAGGGUUGUUGCAAAGAUUAAAUGAAUUAAUCUUUAGGGUUGUAGGCGUUAGAGUUGGAAAAAUUCUUAGAAGAUUUUCUAAUCUAACUUCCUUAUUUAACAGAUGAGAAAAUCAAGGCCUUGAGUAGUGAAAUGAUUUGCCCAAGGCCUCACAAUAUAGUAAGUAGGAGAACUGGUAUUCAAAUCUGAAUCUUCUAAGCACAAAUCCAGUGUUCUUUUAACUAUAUCAUGCCACUUCAUAUAUGUGUUCAAUAAUGUGGACAUGCGCUUUGUAAAGUACUGUACAAGCAUAAUGUUUUUAACACAUUCUAGGUGCUCAAUAAAUAUUUGUUGAAUAAAUGUUGCUGAUAGAAUUGCA